CUUUCCUCUGAAAGGAGACUCAGAAAAGCCGAUGGUGAGCGGAAGUUCUAAAGUAUUUUCGCAAUGAACUUUGGGUGGAAGCGUCUCCAGCGACAGCAGGGAGAAGUUUGCCAGGAUGGAAAAGACCUAAGUGCCCUGUACUCGCCGCAGGCACAUCCCAACCAGCCCUUAGCGUGGAGCAGUGAGCUGUGUGGUUCCUUUCACUUGGGAUCAUGCAAAGAGCUUCCCGACUGAAAAGAGAGCUGCACAUGUUAGCCACAGAGCCACCGCCAGGCAUCACAUGCUGGCAAGAAAAGGACCAAACGGACAAUCUGCGAGCUCAAAUAUUAGGUGGAGCCAAUACACCUUAUGAGAAAGGUGUUUUUAAGCUGGAAGUCAUCGUUCCUGAGAGGUACCCAUUUGAACCUCCGCAGAUCCGAUUUUUGACUCCAAUCUAUCAUCCAAACAUUGAUUCUGCUGGAAGGAUUUGUCUAGAUGUUCUCAAAUUGCCACCAAAAGGCGCCUGGAGACCAUCACUCAACAUUGCUACUGUGUUGACCUCUAUUCAGCUGCUCAUGUCAGAACCCAACCCUGAUGACCCCCUGAUGGCUGACAUUUCCUCAGAAUUUAAAUAUAAUAAGCCAGUCUUCCUCAAGAAUGCCAGACAGUGGACAGAGAAGCAUGCAAUUCAGAAACAAAAGGCCACUGAGGAAGAGAUGUUCGAUAAUUUAGCAGAGGGCAGUGACUCUGAAGUCCACAACUCAACACAGAAAAGGAAGGCCAGGCAGCUAGGAGGCACAGAAAAGAAAUUUUGCCCUGAUGUUCAGGGAGUUUGUCCUGGUCCAUCUUAGUUAAUGUAUUCUUUGAUGAGGUGGUCUAAUUUGCUUACCUUUCCUAAAUGUUUUUCUUUGUAUUUGAUGACAUUGUAAUUUUUGUAUCCUAUAAAAGACCCUGUAUGUUUAUGUGUUCUGCUCUACAGUGAUUCUGUUUUUUAUUUAUCUUGCACAUAUGUAUUUUGAAACCUUUUAAACCUGAAAAAUAAAUAAUCAUUUAAUGUUGA